AUGAAUAAGGAAGCCAAGUCCGUUGCCGACCUGCGGGAUCUAUUCCAGGAGUAUGCAACGAAAAUUUACGGACCCGAGCAGACGAACGGCGCUGCGGCAGAUGCCGUCUCUGACACCGAGGAAGAAGACAUUGAAGCUGAGAUCAAGAAAGAGCUUGCGGAUAUCCGCAAGCCAAUCAUCAAACCCUUGUUCAGACCGGUCAAGCUAGACACCCAGUGUUUGAUGUUCUUCAAAACCCGACUGCCAGUUGAACCGGUUGCCUUCGUGGAGAAGAUAUGCCAAGACACUGCGGCCGGUGUGCAGGUGCAGAACUGCCGUUAUGUGAAGCGCUUGACGCCAAUUACUGCAAUUGAGAAGGCCACUGUGAAGGGUCUCGAGGCUGUUGCGAAGAAAGUCCUGGCGCCUCAUUUCCAUGGAAAGGAUCAAACAGCCCGGAAGGUAAGUUGA